GCUAAAUAUAAAAUUAAUAGAUAAAUCAGAUAAAUUGCACAAUAUGAAAUUAAUUAACAAACGUUUAGUGGAUUAAGAUUGUUCUCACCUCGUCGAUAAUUCGCACGAAUUUUGCUGUUAUUUGCGCGAUGGAGAGGUUUCCGACGACGUGUUUUUGGAGAUCGAUUAAUUUGUUACUACUUGUCCAUCCACUUACUUUAUCUCCAAGUAGAAUGCCAGUAGAAAAUAUUCAGUAUUCUGAAAAGUACAGUGAUGAUAGAUAUGAAUACCGGCAUGUGAUACUGCCGCUUGAUAUAGCCAGACAUGUUCCAAAGACUCAUCUUAUGACAGAAACUGAAUGGAGAAAUUUGGGAGUCCAACAGAGUCCUGGAUGGGUUCAUUAUAUGAUGCAUGGACCAGAGCCGCAUGUUUUAUUAUUUCGCAGAAUGAGAACUGAUAUCGUGCCAGCACCUAGAUGCACUGCUUUACAGAGAGAACAGACUGUUGUUUAUUCCAUUUGAAUCUGAUGUGAUGAUUGAGUAUGAGAUGAUAUGAAUCCGAAUAAGAUCAUCUUUUCUUCGAUAAAUUUUAAAAAGCAGACAACAAGCUCUUUUUUGCAAAAUUCCAAAAUGUGUUCAAGAGGAGGGUUACGAAUUCCGUGUAUGUCACAUAACGCAAGCAGCGCAGGAGGACUUUAGUUGAGAAAUAAACAGCUAAUUGAAGACAGAGAAAAAUUUAGAAGAGGGAAAUUUUGAAGAGGAAAAUUCAAUUAAUUAUAAAUCUAUCAACGAUUUUAUUACUGGUUACGUGAUAGAUCUGGGGUACUCCGCAAUUAAAAUUUUAAUUGCUCUAUAUAUUUUGUUCCUUCGUAAUUCCGCCGUUUAUAUCGCAUGUUCGUGCACGCGAUGAAUAAUAAGUCUAAUUGUAUAUUAGCUAAAGUUUUUGUACUUUGAUAAGUAUACAUAUAUAUGUAUAUUGAAACAUUCUUUUUAAUAGGAAUUGUGUCACGCAUUGUUGCCUCUUUCAAGUUACAGUAGUAUUCGAUGUAACAGUUUUUUAUAAAUCUUUGUUAGAUUUCGAAGUGUUAUAAUGUAACAUUUGCUUAUAAAAUUCAAUGAAUAUGCAACUUUCCAUAAUUCCGAAAGUAAAGUGUAGAUUAACAAAUGUAUUUAAUAUGUUAAUAAAUAUAUUGAAUACAUCAGAACUAACAGUAGAACUACAUGCGAGUUUAAUAAAACUUUUGUAACUUGGAGAACGAGAUUUUUAUUUACACUCGCGAAAAGUUUUAUCUUUUUAACAUGAAAUUUUACAUCAUUACAUUUUCCAUAUCAAUGUAUAAUACAGAAUAAAUCUGAAUAGAUGUAAAAUUUACAGGCGUAUGAUUGUCUAGGACUUGUGGAUUAUUUUCUCAGAGCUGCAGGAAGAAUCGGUCAAUAUGCAGAUCGCGUGCGUUUCUUUCGUUAAAUGACACAAAUAAUAAUCAGGCAAGGACGAUAGCGAUGGAUUGAUAGGAAGCAUUCACGAAAGCGAGCCAUUUAAUGGCUUUUCCGUUAGCAAUCAGAGAUGCAGCAUGUGGUGGGAGACAGCGCAAAAAGUAUAGAUGAAAAAGUUUUCGUUGUAUAAGUUACGAAUUUAAGACACGGAGGCAGCUGUCCGAUUGGAACGAUAGCUGUUGUGCACUUUGUCGCGGCGUAGCGGCCCAUCGAUGUCUGCGUAUUGCGAUUUCUGUGUCUAAUUAAUUAAAAGAGGAAAAAUGGAAUGCUGUUAAUCAAAUCUAAUAUUUCUUCGUAAUUCUCAAUUAUGUAUAAGUGAC